AUGUUCACCAGCACCGGCUCCAACGGGCUUUAUAAAGCACCAUUGUCAAAGAGUCUCUUACUAGUCCCAAGUGCCAUCUCGAUUCUAUUGACUCUGCUCUUCCAACAUUAUCAGAAGUUCUUUGCAUAUAACCUACAAGCUAUAAAAGAGGAUUUUCAGGUUUGGAGACUUAUAUGUGGGAGAACAGUAUGUCUUGAUUUGAAAGACACAUUUUGCAGCAGUCUGCUCAUUUACAACUUUAGAAUAUUUGAAAGAAGAUAUGGCAGCAGAAAAUUUUCAUCAUUUUUACUGGGUGCUUGGAUGCUUUCAGCUUUGUUUGAUCUUCUCCUUGUAGAAGCCGCUCAGUAUAUAUUUGGCAUCACCAUCAACAGCUUGCCUUCUGGUUUCUUGGGUCCUGUGUUUGCAUUGUUUGUACCAUUUUAUUCCUCCAUUCCAAGAGUGCAGGUGGCACAAGUAUUAGGCCACUUUUCUAUCACAAACAAGACGCUGGUCUAUAUACUGGGUUUACAGCUUUUAACCUCUGGUUCCUACAUCUGGAUUUUAGCCUUAAGUGGAUUGGUUUCUGGGAUUUUCUACAAUAGCAGUAUAUUAAAAAUUCAUCGAAUUCUUUGUGUACCCAGCUGGGUAGCAAAGAUAUUUUCUUGGACUCUUGAACCAAUCUUCUCAUCUGCGGAACCAACAAAUGAAGCUCGAGUGGGAAUGGGAGCAACAGUUGACAUCCAGCGGCAGCAGAGAAUGGAGUUACUGGAUCGUCAGAUCAUGAUGUCGCAGGUUGCCCAAAUGAGACGGCAAAGGCAGCAGCAGGGUGGGAUGAUUAACUGGAAUAGACUGUUUCCUCCUUUACGUCAUAGACAUAAUGCAAAUUACCAAGAUCAUCACCCGUCGGAACAAGACACACCUCCACCUACUGAGGUUUCUGAAGAGCAGGUUGCACGACUUAUGGAAAUGGGAUUUUCCAGGGGAGAUGCCCUAGAAGCUCUGAGGGCUUCAAAUAAUGACUUAAACGUAGCCACUAAUUUUCUACUGCAGCACUGAUGGUUUUCUGUGUGAAGGAACUUCACUUGAUGGGUUUGUACGUCUGAAAGAGGAUCAAAGCCACCUGCUGGACAGACUCACAAAAGUUGUCCCCACAAGAGCGUCAGAAAAGAGAAGCUGGCUUCAUGUGACUGGUGAUUCAAAGUGAUGUUAAGGAAUGAUGUGGACUGCUCCCAAAGCUUCGGAUCACUUGGUGGUUUCU